GUAACAAUAGAUCAAAGGCAUUUAGCAAACUUGUCUGGGUAUAUUUCGGGAAAUAACAAUAGAUUGAAGGCAUUUAGCGAACUUGUAACAGAACUUGUCAUUCAAAUGGUUAGGCAUAUUUUGGGAA